UUGUUUUGUUUAACCCUUGAAACAAUUCUCCAGGGCAGGUGUCUCCUUAACUUUACAGAAGACACCGAUGGAGGCAGAGAGUGACUUACAGGGUCUAAUUCCGGGUUCUCGGAGACUUUAGGGAUGGGAGCUGGCACCAGAGAAAUCGGACGCCUUGCCCUCGUUGUAGGCCCCUGGGACUUGCUGAAUCACUUCGCCCCACCUGUCGCUGCCAGUCUUUGGGAAGGAGGAACACAGGAGGGCAGAGAAGAGUGAGCUGAAGACGGCAGAGGCAGAGGGGUCGGUAGGCUGGCCCAUGGCUGAGGCCUCCACCCCAAAACUGGGGGAAGAAGCAGAAGCCACCCCUUGCCCCGGUGUCCUGCAGCUGGAAGAGCUCCUGAGGGCCGGGAGAGCCUCUUGUAGCCGCGUAGACGAAGUCUGGCCCAACCUUUUCAUAGGAGAUGCGGCCACGGCAAAUAACCGCUUUGAGCUGUGGAAGUUGGGAAUUACCCAUGUGCUGAACGCCGCCCACGGGGGACUCUACUGUCAGGGAGGCCCUGACUACUACGGCAGCGGUGUGAGCUACCUGGGGGUACCAGCCCACGACCUCCCUGAUUUCAACAUCAGCACCUACUUCUCCUCAGCAGCCGACUUCAUCCACCGUGCCCUCAACACACCUGGGGGUAGGACUUGGGGCCCAGUCCAUUUUCCAUUCUGCUCACUUGUGGGGCGGAGAUCCAAUUUCCCCUCAAUUCUCAGCAUCCUCCCAUCCCUAGUUUUUUGUCUUGUCCCCCCCCCCUUUCUCUCUCCCUCCCCCGGAGCUGAGGACCGAACCCAGGGCCUAGCACUUGCUAGGCAAGCGCUCUACCACUGAGCUAAAUCCCCAACCCCUUGUUGUUGUUUUAACAAUAUUCUGCUCUAGGCUUUAGCAUCUUAUCUAAUGGCAUUGCUUCACAGGUGGAGAAAGUUAGCCAGGCAGUGGUGGUGCACGCCUUUAAGCCCAGUGCUUGGGAGGCAGGUGGGUCUCUGAGAGUUCGAG